AUGGAAAAUCAAAACAAUGUGACAGAAUUCAUUCUUUUGGGUCUUACAGAGAGCCCCAAGCUGGGAAAAAUAUAUUCUGCUGUGUUUCUAAUUAUGUACAUGGUCACAGUGUUGGGAAAUCUGCUCAUCGUGGUAACCAUGUUCACAAGUCAGAGUCUCAGAUCCCCCAUGUAUUUUUUUCUCACCUUCCUGUCCAUUUCGGAUGCCAUCUUCUCUUCGGUCAUUGCCCCCAAGAUGAUUGCGGACUCCCUGUCUGAGAGCACUACCAUCUCCCUUGAAGGCUGCAUGACCCAGCUCUUUGUGGCACAUUUCUUUGGUGGUGUGGGGAUCCUACUUCUCAUUGUGAUGGCCUGUGACCGCUACGUGGCCAUCUGUAAGCCCCUGCACUACAGGAGCAUCAUGAGUCCUCGGGUGUGCUGCCUGAUGGUGGGAGGGUCUUGGCUGGGGGGCUCCGUGCACGCCACGAUACAGCUUCUCUUCAUGUACCAGAUACCCUUCUGUGGCCCCAAUGUCAUUGAUCACUUUAUGUGUGACUUGUUUCCAUUGUUGAAACUUGCCUGCAUGGACACCCACAUCCUGGGCCUCUUAGUCACCCUCAACAGUGGGGUGAUGUGUAUGGCCAUCUUCCUCGUCCUCAUCGCCUCCUACACGGUCAUUCUCUGCUCUCUGAAGUCCUGCAGCUCUGAAGGGCGGCACAAAGCCCUCUCCACCUGUGGCUCCCACCUCACAGUGGUCGUGUUGUUCUUUGUACCGUGUAUUUUCUUGUACAUGAGGCCUGUGGUCACUUACCCCAUAGACAAGGCAAUGACUGUGUCUGAGUCAAUCAUCGCACCCAUGUUAAAUCCCUUGAUCUACACACUGAGGAAUGCAGAGGUGAAAAAAGCCAUGAAGAAACUUUGGAUGAAACAACAGACUUUGGUUGGCAAGUAA